UACCGUUACUUCAUAAACUUUUGACUUUAUAAUUUGUUGAAAUUUUUUAAUGAAUCUCUCCUACAAAUUCCACCUUCUCAUCCUGGUUUUAGGCCUUUUGGUAUUAUGGACAUCUUAGACAUCUUCUUCGCCCUUCUCUUCCUCUUCCCCCACAUCUAUGCCCGAGACGACUGCCCGGUCUCCGUCUGUGGCUACACCGGCUUCCCCAUCCGCUUCCCGUUCCGGUUACAAGCCCGGCAACCCGAAAACUGCGGCUACCCGGGCUUCAACCUGACCUGCAACAGCCAGGGCCUAACAGUCAUAAAACUUCCACUUUCCGGAGAGUUUUUCGUCAGAGCAAUCAGCUAUGCCACUCAAGAGAUUCAGCUCUACGACCCCAACAAUUGCCUCCCUCAAAAGCUUCUAAGUCUCAGCCUUGCAGGCUCUCCUUUUGUUGCUGCUGUGUAUCAAAACUACACCUUCCUCAGCUGCCCGGCUUCCUUCACCAAGUCAAGGUUCACCCCCAUUGACUGCCUCAGCAACUCCACCACCUCAGUUUUGGCCACGCCUUCCACCGCCCUUGCAAACUCCAUGUCCACCACGUGUCGGAUUCUUGCCACAUUGGCUGUUCCGGUUACCAGGCAGGUCCAGACGGAGGACGGGUUCUCGACCAACCUUGAUUCGGAUCUUUUUUUGACUUGGUAUGAACCCGCUUGCAGUGCCUGUGAGAUCCAAGGUGGAAUUUGCGGACUCUUAAGCAACACCAGCCAAGAACUUGUCUGCGACUACAAUUCAACAGCAGGCGGAUCAAACAAGGGCUUCCAAGUUUUCAGGAUCAUUUGCGUGUCCAUCACGGUACCAGCCCUCACCUGCGCAGUUGGGAUAGCCUGCUUUGCUUGCAUCAAGGACAGGGUUCCUGGUGGCUCUGCACAACGAAGCGCCACCGCAGUUGCCGCCGAACCACAACCGCAAGAACCCACCAUUGUAACCAUGGGUCUGGACCAGACCACCAUUGAGUCAUAUCAGAUGCUAGUUCUUGGUGAGAGCCGCCGGCUGCCGGGGCCCAACGACACCACGUGCGCUAUAUGCUUGUCGGAGUAUCUGACCAAGGAGACGGUGAGAUGCAUCCCGGAAUGCAAACACUGCUUCCACGCUGCUUGUGUUGAUGAGUGGCUUCGGUUGAACAGCACAUGCCCAGUUUGCCGAAACAAUCCAUCCCCGGCACAUGCCGACUCAAACUCGAACAAUGUCUGAUUUUUUUAUUUUUUUUUAUUUUAACUUCUGUAUUUUGUGAACUUUUACCCACUCGUUACUGUACAUAGUGGUUAAGAUUUUGUGGGACUUUACCCUCCAUACCCAA